AAUGCCAGCAAUAAUUUACCUUGAACUGUCAAAGUACUAAUAUAUGUUGUUUUGCACACAAAGUUUGACCUCGCAGUGAGGUUACCGUGAUUGUUGGUAUCGGGUUUUUUUGUGCGACUAUACAAGUUACAGAAACAAACAACUUGCUGUAUAAAAAGAGGACCAUGAAUGCCGCUGUGCUGUUUGGUGUUCAAUGAGACAGCUAUGAGGGCCGACUUUUGUACUACAUGUACCACGAAGAGACAACAUCUGACGACUGACGCGAAAUCAGCAAUGGCCAUCCCACAAACUUGUCUCCGACGGUGGCAUUGGGUGAUCACGCUGGCAACAUUCACGCUGUAUUUCCUCGUUCUUGGACCGAUGUUCAAUUUCAGCAUAUUGUAUUUAAGUCUUCAGGGCGAAUUCAAGUCCGCUGCGGCAAUAACAGGUUGGUUGGGGUCUUUAUCGGCCGCCUUAGCCCGACUCUUCAGUCCCGUCACCGUUCUGCUCGAGCAGAGGCUAAGCAAGAGGGCAGUCACGCUGAUUGGGCUCGUGUUGUACUGCACAGGACUGUUGACGACGUCAUUCGUACCGGCCCUGGGCUACGCCUACAUAACGUACGGAGUCCUAUCGGGUGUUGGCGCCAAUCUCGCGCUUCAUUCAUCGCUUGAACUGUUGCUGGAAUGGUUUGCGAAAGGCAACUUUGCCCGUGCGAGUGCAAUCGCUUUGUUGGGAUCCACGGGCGGUUUGCUCGCCUUCAGCCCAUUACUGACAGUACUUAUAACUAACUAUGGGUGGCGCAAUGCACUGAGAGUUCUUAGCGGAGGGAUAUUCGUGGUGGGCGUCGCCGACGGAUUGCUUCUGACCGAUCCCCCGACUACAGAGAACAUCUUGCCGCGGCAAAAUAGAUCCGAGGACACGGAACAGAAUGAACACGAUAUGCAAAACGUACGGGAACGGGAACGGGAACGGGCCGACGAGAGUUGUGAACAGGAGAACGAGGGAAAGGAAAAGACUGAGCUAGAUGACGCCAUCGUGUCAAACCACGAGGGUUCAAAUACCAAGCACGAUUGGUGUGAAGUGUGGAGAAUGAUGCAAAGUCUGGAGUUAUGGUUGUGGUCUGUUGCCAAUUUCCUCACGUUUUUGGGAUGGACAUUUUUCGACAUCAAUUUUGCCAGUUACAUGGACGGCCUCAAUCUCCAUAGCAAUCAGAUCUCAUACGUCAUUAUGGGCUUCGCCGGUGGGGAAAUCGGCGGGAAACUGCUCAUUGCGUUGCUAGGAGGUCGUCUGCCGUUCAAGUAUCUGUAUGUCGUAGUCUCCUCGUGUCUUCUUGCAGCCGUUCCUCUGGGAUUGAUGACCAUUGUCAAAACGUUCGCUGCAAUAAUGCCGAUUGCAAUAGCAUCUGGUUUUCUGCGAUCGGGAGCGUAUGGAGUACUGUAUGCCGCGGGCGCAGAAUUGUUCUUGGAGAAGUAUGGACCAAGUACCGUCAUGGUUCUAACUUUGGUUCCACCGGGGUUCGGGAUCCUAGUCAGUGCUCCUUUAUCAGGUUCAUUGUUUGAUGUCACUGGGAGCUAUUUCGCCAGUCUUCUCGUCAUCGCCGCCAUCUUUGUUUGCACUUCGGCGGCAUUUCUGUUCAUUCCAGUGCGGAGAAAGAUUCGGUCAGGUGGUUCAUGUUGCUCAUCCGCAUCACUUGAUUAGCAACAUGAGUUACAAUAUCCUGAGGGUCAAUGCAAUCAGGUGACAAUGUAAGCUGAACAUUAUAGUAUGUCAGAAAACUAAAUUCAAAGGCAAGGAAGCGAAGCCACUGCACAGGAUUUGUUUUCCCAAAAUAUUUUAUUCAAUCUUUCACAAUUAUUAGUCGUCAUAUAAGUAGCUCUGCUUAUUUAAUUUCACGUUGAGAUGGAUAUAAAUAAAACCUGUUUGCAUUCCAUGUCAAUUUCAUGAACAGCGCCCCCUAGAAUAUCGUGAUGCCUGCCCCCCCCCUCCCAUU